CAUCAUCUGAUCUCAUACGCAUACGCAACUGAACUCUCAUGUUAUCUCUCACGUGCUGUUUCUUAGGUAAGUUCUCAUAUAACCUUUCCACUUUAAGCUAUUUUGGUAGAAAAUAUCACUGAGGGAAGAGAAAAACGAUAUAUCCCCAGAAAAACGAUCUUCCCAGAUCUCAUGUAAAUUAAAAAAAUACUGAAUAGGUCUAGCAAAUUUUUAGGGAAUAGGGGGUGAGGUUUCAAAUGGACUAUUUUGAUGAAGAACUAUGUUCAUGGAAAAAUUCUGUUAACCUACUGGGUUACCCUCUUUAAAGAUGGUUGAAAUAAAAAAAAAAAAUCUAUUGUAAAAUGACAUGUUUCUGUUUGCAUAUUUACUGUAAUAUGGUUUGCAUUUAAUUUAAACAAGCCCCAUACUAGAUCUAUUUCUAAACAAGCCCCAUACUAGAUCCAGGUCUAAACAAGCCUCAUACUAGAUCUAAGGUCUAAACAAGCCCCAUACUAGAUCUAGGUCUAAACUAGCCCGGCAUACUAGAUCUAGGUCUAAAUUAAUGAAAAUAGGUACUAAUCCUGGGUACAUUCAUAAAAAAUAUGUGUUUUACUCAGUUUUUAAUAACACAUUCGAUCUUUCUAAAUUGAAAAUUGAAGUUAGCUUGUCGUGGCCACACUAAAGCCACCACUGGAUAGCCUCUCUUCACAAAAGCUUCUGUGAAUGUUGUGGAGUCAGGAAAUCUUGAUGUUCCUACCCAGCAAGGGCUUAGCCAGCGAGCCGUCCGGCUGUCUUUUAGAUGGCCAAAGAUUAUUUAGGAUGGCCACUUUUACCGUGACGGCUUGGCCUACUCAGCUUGGCCUAGCUUAGUUGGGCCUGGUCUACCUUAGCAAAUUCUUUACUUUCUUUGAAUCCAUCAAAUGUUGCAUUAAACUAAAACAUAUUGGACGGCCUAUUUCAUUUUUCUGGCUAAACCCCUGCUACCCAGUAUACCGAAAUCAACAGGAAAUUUACCAAAAGCUAUUUUUAAGAUAAGUAAAUGUUCAUUUUCAUUGCAUUUUUAGCGAAAAAUUUGUGAAUCUCAACAGUUUGAUAGCAAAUAUUUAAUGAAUUGCUGUGAGACGUAGACGUCAAAAAAAGGAUGGAGGAAACCGAGAGCAAUUUUAAGGAGCUGUUGGUGGAUUUUUCAAGAUGGUAUGAUGGACUUGGAUACAUCAAUAUGCUGAAAGUUCUGUACACAGAUCAUGUGCCAGAUUAUACUGAUUUAAUUGGAGCUACUAAGGGGAUGCCCUUGCUGCAAAAGUUAAUUGGUUCAGGGAAUUUGAGUUCAACAAAUCUCGGUAUCCUGUACGACACAAUAAAAGUAACUGGGCAAUUUGGCUUCAAAUCCAAAAUUGUACUUCAACCUUUACAAAGACUCGAGGAACAUAAAGUGUCUAAAUUCACGCGAUACAAACAAUUCCUGUUAAAACUCGGAAUGAAACUGACUAGAGAAGAUAUAGACAUGCUUGAUGCACGACAUAAUGACAUGCCUUUGUUAAAAGAUUAUAAAGACAGCUGGCAUUUGAUACUGCAUCUAGAGCAAAGGAAGGGGCUUUGUGAAGAAAACAUUGGAAAUUUCAUUGAAGGAUUACCAAGUUACUUGGCUGUGAAAGCUUUACUUGAAGACUAUUGUGCUGUGUUCUACUGUAGCUAUGUAUGCUGUUCACAUUCUCAAUUUUUGGUUUCUUGUGCAGAUAGCAGAGAAGCAUCAACAUCGAAACGACCAAUGUUAAGUGAAGGUAAUGAAGAACCAUCAACAUCAAAACGACCAAAGUUAAAUGAAGGAUUCCCAAGCAUAUCUGCAAACUCUGCUGGGCUUAGUGAUGAAGACAAGGUCAUUAGAGAAUAUCUACUAAGUAGACAACUUAGAGUGUGCCGCAAUGCCAAAUGUUUUACACCAGCAACUUGGAAUACUGCAUACCAUUUAGAUAUUGCUGACAUGUUCACUGACCUAGACUUACUAAAAGAAGGUGCUAUGAAUGAUGUGGUUGGAGAGUGUUCUAGUAGAAGAGUCAAGUUGGAAUUAGAGAGGCUUGAUAUUUUUGGUAAUAAUUUCAGUAACAUUGAUGUCUCUUCAUUCAUAUCCUUAUUCAUUACACCUAAACUGAAUGUGCUUAACCUGAUCAAUUAUAGUCUGUCCAGUGAUAUUAUAAAUGAUAUAGUUAGAGAGUGUUCCAGUAGAGGAAUCAAGUUUGAAUUACAGCAGCUGAAUAUCAGUGAUAAUAAUCUCAGUAACAUUGAUUGGUCUUCAUUUACAUCCUUAUUCAUCACUCCUAAACUGAGCACUCUGAACAUGAGGACUUGCAAUCUGUUCGGUGAUAUUUUAAAUGAUAGUGUUAGAAUGUGUUCUAGUAGAGGAGUCAAGUUGGUAUUAAAGAAGCUUAUUAUCAGUGAUAAUAAUCUCAGUGAAAUUGAUGGGUCUUCAUUUGCAUCCUUAUUCAUUACUCCUAAACUGAAUAUGCUUGACCUGAGCGAUUGCAAUCUGUCCGGUGAUAUUAUAAAUGAUAUGAUUAGAGAGUGUUUAAGUAGGGGAGUCAAGUUGGAAUUACAGAAGCUUGAUAUCAGUGGUAAUAAUCUCAGUAGCAUUGAUGUCUCUUUAUUCGCAUCCGUAUUUGUCACUCCGAAACUGAGUACUCUGAACAUGAGUAAUUGCAGUCUGUCUGGUGAUAUUAUAAAUAAUAUGAUUAGUGUAUAUUCUAGUAGAGGAUUCAAGUUGGAAUUACAGCAGCUUUAUAUCAGUAGUAAUAAACUCAGUACAGUUGAUGGUGCUUCAUUGGCAUCCUUAUUUAUUACAUCUAAACUGAAUGUGUUUCAUCUAAAAAGUUGCAUCCUAUCAGGUGAUAUUAUAGAUGAUAUGGUUAGAGAGUGUUCUAGUAUGGGCGUCAAGUUAAAAUUAAAGUUCUUAAAUAUCAGUGGUAAUAGGCUCUGUAAUAUUGAUGGGUCUUCAUUUGCAUCCUUAUUCAUCACACCUAAACUGAGUACUCUGAACAUGAGGAAUUGCAGUCUGUCAGGUGAUAUUAUAAAUUAUAUGGUUAGUGAAUGUUCUAGUACAGAAGUCAAGUUGGAAUUACAGCAGCUUUAUAUCAGUAGUAAUAAUCUCAGUACUGUUGAUGGUUCUUCAUUUGCAUCUUUAUUUAUUACACCUAAACUGAAUGUGCUUGUCCUGAAUGAUUGCAGUUUAUCAGGUGAUAUUAUAAAUGAUAUGGUGAGAGAGUGUUCUAGUAGAGAAGUCAAGUUGAAAUUAAAGUUCCUUGAUAUCAGUGGUACAGUAAUAGUCUCUGUAAUAUUGAUGGGUCUUCAUUUGCAUCCUUAUUCAUUACACGUAAACUGAAUACAUGCUUUACCUGAACAAUUGCUGUCUGUCCGGUGAUACUGUAAAUGAUAUGGUUAGAGAGUGUUCUAUUAGAAGAGUUAAGUUUAAUAUAGAGUUCCUUGAUAUGAGUGGUAAUAAUCUCAGUAACAUUGAUGGUUUUUCUUUUGCAUCCUUAUUCAUUACACCUCAACUAAAGAAUCUUGACCUGAGGAGUUGCAGUCUAUCAGGUAAUAUUAAAAAGGAUAUGGUUAGAGAGUGUUCUAAGAGGGGAGUCGAGUUGGAAGUGUAACAGUCAAGUAAGUGCAAUUAAUGAUAUGAUUACAGAGAGUGUUUCAAUGGAAGAAUGAAGUUGGAAUUACAGUAGCUGUAUAUCAGUGCUAAUAAUUCUUAUUAACAUUUGGGGAUUUUUUAAAUUUGUAUCCUUGUCAGGCAUGAGGGAAUUUCAUAUUUUUCACUUGUCCCCGGACAAGUGCCUUUGAAAAAUGCACUUGUCCUGAAGACAAUUGUACUUGUCCCAAAUUAUUGCACAAUAAUCAUAAAAACUAACACAAAAGUAAAGUACUGUAUUUUUGCUAAUUAAUAGGUCUACAUGCAUACUGCAUUUGAUCACGCAAAAAUGUUUUUCUUUCUGUUUUUAAUUUGCAAACAAUUUAAUAAUGUAUAAUAUGGAGAAAUUCAAAUAAAAUAAACAAUAAUAUUCUAUGUAUGUAGGAGUUUGUUGAUCGUUUGCUUAUUGCAUGUUUAAAAGUCGUCAACACUACAACUGCAAGUAAAUAUUUCAUAGGCAUGGCUGAUUCCCACGAUACACAGGUUCUCAGCCAUACGCUGACAGGACUGUGUUUUAUGACGUUAUUUGGGUGGAGUGAGGGUGGGGUGGCCAUACCGUUACGUGUGUACUCGUUUGCAAAUUUUAAUCAAUUAUAAUACUAACUUCAAAUUGGUUUUUUUCUCCGGAGGAUACAAAAAUCUAAUUCAAAUUGCACGGGAAAACCCCUAGAAAAAUAGAGGCUCAGAAUCAUAAAUACUUGUGUUCCCACUAUCAUGGAGGUAUCCCAAAAUGUCUGCAAAAUAUCUGUGGAAAUCAGUUCAUAUUUUCAAAAUGCAGCGUCGGAUUUCUGACCCUAAUAUUUUACAGGGGGAAUAUUUUACAGCGUGACACAUCCUCAUUUCAUCUAUUGCAAAAUGAAUAAAAUUGCUUACCUCUCAACAAAAGAAAAGCAUAUAACUCUGAGCAUGGGCCGAGGGGAUAAAUUCCUUAUAUAGAAUCCCUGAGACGGCAACAUUUUUGAAAGAGUAAAAUGAUUCAUUUAUAGGCCCUAAACCCUCAAUUUUUAACUCCAGUUUUACAAGAAUUGGAUUUUGUAUGCACAUUAUCUCCAUCACUUAAAAGUGAAUGAUUUUCUAAUUACUUAACAACCUUACAUUCCAAAUUAACUACCCUUGCUUGGUCUGUCUAGAUUGGCUUCCCCACACACACAAACGAAAUAGACUAGGCCUUUUUGGCUGUUGUUCAUAUUCGUACUAGAAAGUAAUUACUAGCCUUGAAGUCCAGACAUUUCAUGUCGUCCAACUCAACUAAUCAACUGAUGGCUGUGCGCCCUAGUCUUUAAAAAUGUCUGGUACUUAGACCUGACCAAUGCAAAUUUGUAUUGUAAACAGACUACGUGCAGCUGGCCCAGGCUGCUAAUGGCUAACAUGUAUGAUAUCGUGCAAAAAUAUGUACCUGCUGUAGGUCUAAUGUGUACACAUACAACAGAUCUGACUUACAUUUAACAAUUAAGAAUUUAUUUUCAAUCUUUACUGCAGAAAAUAACAAAUUUUAUAUUGAGUAAUCCUACAUUUUUUCUUUUAAACCGUCAAUAAAUCGCGGGAGUGUUGGUGACUCAAAGUUCAUGUUAGCCAACCUAAUUGUGAUGAAUAGCUCCUAAUUGCUUUGAUAUAUUUAUUUCAGUACCUCUGAUGUUAUAAAGUAUCUUCAGAGAAUUGUCCUAAGGCCACUGCUUGGCCAAACACAAUUAUUUCUAGACCCUUUACAAUUUGCCUAUUGAAGUAACGGAAGUGUAGAAGUUGCUGUUCUCUUUCAUUAAUACAGUAUUUAUCAACAUUUAGAUGCACCACGGUCUUAUGUAAGGUGCCUCUAUAUUGAUUUCUCAAGUAUGCAUUCAGUACAGUUGACCCAGAAUUACUUGUACCGAAUCUUAAGGAAAUGAAUGUAAAUGACACUCUCACUUUAUGGAUAUAUGAUUUCUUGAUGAACAGGCCCCAGUACAGUAUGUAAAAGUAAAUGAUAUUCUUCCUGAGAAAAGAGCUCAAGGAUCAGUUAUAUCCCCAGUGUUGUUCUCGCUUUUCACCAGCAAGUUUAGGGCUAAUUCUUAGCAGCGUUUAAUAAUUAAACAUGCAGAUGACACGGCCAUCUCAGGCUAUAUCACACAGGAUCUAAUGAAACAAUGUAUUGGAAAUUAGGGCAGGAUUUCACAGACUGGUGUCAUAAUAACUUAAAAUUGAAUGUAGAUAAAACAAGAGAAAUGGUUAUUGACUUCAGGAAAAAAACCAGAUCCACCAGAAAUUAUAUCAUUGAAAGGGUUCAAGAAUAUUAAAAUAGCUUGGCUGUGUAAUUGAUGAUAAAUGAAAAUGGAAUAAGAAUCUUGAAGAAAAUGAAAUAUCUCGAUAUUGAUAGUACCAUACUUUAAACUUUUUUAUGUCUGGGUAAUCCGCAGUGUAAUCCACAGUGUAAUCCGCAGUGUUGUAGUGUACUGUUUCAUUUGGUAUUGUGGUAACAUCAUGCAGAAAGAUAAAAAGAUCCUUAAUCAAAUAAAUAAGAGAGCAAACAAAUUGAUAUGUGAAAAUUUAAUUGAUAUUGAAAUAUUGUAUAUUGAACAAGUUAGGAAGAAAAUCAAUAGCAUUAUGUGUGAUGGAAUCCACCCCUAUAUGAUAAUUUUGUGGUUGCUAACUCUGGUCUGAGACUACUACCACCACGAACAAAGACAAAACGUUUUAGCAAUUCUUUUAUACCAAACUCAACUCAUAUAUACAUCUCCAAGGUCAAUAGGUAAAUGAGGGUAAUUUUAAUUAUUGUUUGAUAAUAUCUUAAUUUUGUAAUUAUUUAAAAAAAAUCUUAAUGAUGUAAAAUUUUAAUCUUGUUAAUAUAAUAUAUAAUAUUAAUAAUUUU